AGAACCAUAAUGGAUUCUACCGCUUAGCGGAUGCAUACUUCAUAGCGUUUAGUCUCCGACACAUUACGUUGUUUUAGCACCAUGAAGCGAGAGAAAUUAACCAUAAGUAAAGGCAACGUUGCACAGUUCAGCACCAGCGGGUGAAAUGUGGACGGAUGGCGCCCCGAGCGCUCAGGAGAAAGUGUGAAAUGUCUCUCCAAGAAUAUACAGUGUGGCGGAGUUAUAUUUGGCCACCGUAGAAAUAUUAGCACCCGACCUGGGACCCGGGGUAUUCUGGUUUCGGUGUGUCAGCGCAGGAAUCUAUGCCAGGACAUGGCUGAAGAUGUCUAAGUAAGUCAGCUUUAUCCAGCGGUCUGACGUCUAGGUUUGUCGACGCAUGGUCUUUGACUUUGCACAACCUUGGUCUUAUAUCGAAAAACUCAAGAGUUGACAACAUGUGGCCUUCGUCUGCUGUGGUCCUGACGACAGCAUAUCACCUCCUUCUGAUCGUCAGGCAGAAUGUUGCACAGGAGGAUGAUCUCUCUACAGAAUCCCCCUUGUCAGAGUCCACGUCAGUACCGCCCCUGGCGGAACCAGUUGCAACCACAGCAAUGGUCAUGCCGACCGUCGAUCAACCAGUGGUUGUCAAACCGGCGGCCCCUGCCCCAACACAAACACCAUUCAGGCGACUCCUGCCGACCAAGCCGCAUCCUACGAGACCCGACGACGCCGAACCAUGGGAGAUCACGUGCCCGAGCUACUGCGUCUGUACCAAAAGAUGGCACCAUUACUUGGAGAUGAAGGUCAGGCACCUCCGAUGCGAGUUCUGGAGUACCGGCUCGACAUAUCCGGAGGAGUAUCCAGGCACCACGGAGUCAGCCCGUAUCAAGGUACAUGGAUUGGACACUCUACCUUUGAGCGUGUUUCAAGGAAUCUCAACAUCAGAGGUCAUCAUCCUAGAGAUAGUUCAAAAUCCCGACUUGACAAGUAUUCCGAAAAACGCUUUUAAGCCUUUCAGGGCAUUGGGGUACCUGGAUCUCAGCGAGAACAAUUUGAAGGAGAUUCAACCGUCCCUAUUUGUCGGUGCCCAAUAUAUGGACAAACUGUACUUGCAAGGUAAUAGCAUCAACAAGUUGUACCCUAAUUCCUUUCGCGGGCUAGGUCGACUGGACACUCUCAAUCUUGAAGGGGCCGUGGACAUGAACUUGCCAGAGGGUCUACUGAAGCCCCUUCAGUGGCUUAUGUACUUAAAUUUAGCAAACAACCCAAAGUUAACGAAUCUCCCCAGCGACACGUUUAGCUAUCAGUGGAACCUUCAGACUCUCCUGCUCCAAUUUAGUGGGGUGAAAAAUCCAGACGAGGAGCUCUUCAAGCCACUUAACAACUUACGUCACUUAGAAAUAGACGAAGACCAGCUAAACAGCUGGGACCCAGACGUGCUGUUGAGUAUCGAGUCACUGGAGACAUUGGAGGUCCACUCAGCGCCAGGGAACAGUACAUCGCACGUGUGGGACGCUGCCCUGCACUACGAGGGCAAGUGGCACUUCGACGUCUGUCCAGAGGACCCGUGUAUCAAUGACGGCAUCUGUUUCGUCAGUGCGCACCGACAACAGUGUGAGUGUCCUACCCCACGUGCGGGAGCGACGUGCCAGAGCCUCCACCCCGGCCUGUUGUUCCUGAUUGUGGUGGUGAUACUGGCUAUCCUGGUGGCGGUGGCUAUUCCAAUCUACCGGGCGGCCACCAAGAAGAAGCCGGAGCCCCCUCCGCCCAAGCCCAAACCUAUCAUCCUGGAACCUGAGUCUGAGGAGGAAGACGACUUCAUGCAGUCGAAACCAGAUGAGGACCCAGAAAUGUGAUGCUUACUUGUCGGGCAUUUCACAAAGUGAAGACGGCUCCUUGGAAGUAGUGCCUUUUCCUUUACUGCCACAACAAAAACAGUUCGUGGACGGUAAAUGCAACUGCUACAAUCUACACAUACGUUUCGAUCUCAGUGGUGCCUUGUCAAACGUGCAACGGCACCGACCCAGAUAGGCAUCUAGAAUUGAGUUAGGCUUGAAACAAAAUCUAUUGCAAUUACUUAGUACUUUCCUUAUGAUACUAUCUAUGGUAUUCUUUGUGAUAAGGAUAUUUUCCACAAAACAACGGUCAUAUACUUUGGAUUUACGUGUCGACAGAAUUCUCCGCAUUACUUACUACGCAUACUUUAGAACAGCACUUUUUAGAACAGAACAUAAUUAAAGAGAGUGUUGCUUUGAAACCUUAAAGCUGUACUCGCUAGUUGUUUUCAAAAUGAAAAUUUGAGUGAAACCUGUGUAGAUGAUAAUAUUUGAACAAUGCUAGACGCGGUGACGCUUAACUGAAAUGUGUAUGUGCAAAAAAGGCGAAGGCCUGAACAACUUAUGAAUAGGCAAAACAGACUUCUGCAAAAUAUUGAACAGGUCCCGAUGGCCAUUGAUGGAGGAUUAAUUUGUUUCGCUGUAUAAAAUAAUAAUAAAAUGUGUCUUGUA